CACGUACAGGUAACAUCAGGUAGAGUGACCAAGACCCUGGCAGACUGCAGUGACCGAGACGUGGAAGUGUCUUUAGUUAAACUACAAGAAGGAAGAAGCUUAUCAGAAUCAUUAAGAUGAGUAAUAAGAGGAAAAACCCGACAAGUGAAAACAACCUCAACGCUUCUGUUUGUGAAUUAUUAUUGGAAAUUGCGGAGUAUGAGCGAAACGUAAACCGCAACGUUCACAAGUAUAAUGCCUAUCGCAAUGCCGCUUCAACUCUGGCAAAACAUCCAAAAAAAAUCACGAGUGGAAGUGAAGCGAAGAAACUGAAGGGUGUUGGUAGCAAGAUCGGUGAUAAGAUUGACGAGUACAUCAAGACCGGAGAGAUGGGAAAAGUGAAAAAGAUUCGUGCUGAUGAUACAAAUGUUGCCAUCAAUCUUCUGGCACGUGUGUCAGGCAUUGGGCCAGCCAAGGCCCGGGAGUUGAUAAAUGAUGGUAUCACAACUAUAGAAGACCUGCGUAAAAAUCAAGACAAGCUCAAUCACCACCAGAUCAUUGGAUUAAAGUAUUUUGAGGAUUUUGAAUUGAGGAUUCCCAGAGAUGAAAUUAAAUUGAUUGAGAAACAGCUGAAAGAACACAUCGGUGAAUUUGACUCCAAGUAUCUGGUUACUAUCUGUGGCAGCUAUAGGCGAGGAGCCAAGAGCAGUGGUGAUGUUGAUGCAUUACUGACCCAUCCCUCCUAUACAUCUGAAUCAAGCAAGUGUCCUUCAUUGCUAAGUAAAGUGACUCAAGUACUCAAGGACCACGGCCUAGUGACAGACACUCUCUCUCAGGGUGACUCUAAAUUCAUGGGUGUGUGUCAUCUUAUGGAGGGCCUCCCUCAUAGGCGUCUUGACAUACGACUGUUGCCUCAUGAUCAGUAUUAUUGUGGAAUACUCUAUUUCACUGGUUCUGACAUGUUCAACAAGGCCAUGAGACAACAUGCAUUAGAUAAAGGCUUCACUCUCAAUGAGUACUGCAUUAGACCUGUUGGCAGUACAGGUGUACCAGGGGAAGCAUUACCAGUGUCCUGUGAGAGGGACAUAUUCGAUUACAUUGACUACGACUACAAAGAGCCUCAUGAACGUAAUGCAUAAUAACAGAUGCUUAAAUGAACAGAAUGGAUAUUGUGGCUUGUUACGGGGCCCCAGAUCAAUUUACAUAGGCUGUGUGUACAAUGUAUAAGGAAUAUCCAAGGAAAGCUGUGUGUAUAUUAGGAAUACAGUAUCUACUCUAAGCUGUGUUUAUAUUAGGAAUAUACUAUCAAAGCUGUGUGCAUAUGGAAUAUCUAAUAAAUUUUCCCAAGGAUUAUUAGUUGAUUGGAUCUUGUUCUAUAGAAGGGAUAAAAUUUAUACUGGUAUCCCACUGAUUAUUUAAGAAAGUCCACACACUAUCUACCUCCAAUACAAGUGUCAUAACACAUCUUUGAUUAUACUAAAUUAUUCCCCCAUACACAUCUUCUACCUUCUGUCUCCCUUUCAACAUGUUGUCAUACACAUAUACUGUACAGUAAUACAGAUCACAUGAAGAUAACAAACAUUAAUAUACUGUAGUGAUUAAUGAGUGUUCUUAGCUGUCAUUAUUUGUAUUUAUUUUUUAUCUGAAUAUUAUUAAAAGUUGUAUGGGAUCCUGAGUCAAGCCAUUGUUUACCUCUGACACAGGACACAUUUUUAACUGGUUGAUUUAUACUACAGGAUGUGCAUAAAUUAUUUAAUUCAUUUUAAAGCUGGACAUGCUUGUUUUUUUUUUAUCUACCUGAUUUACUUAAUGGUAAGGGAAGGAGGCCAAUGGUUCUGUGUAGGAUCUCUCCACUGUUCUUGAUUGUCACUGUUAAGAAGUAGCCAUUUCCUGCAUGAUAUCUUGGCUGUAUACGUGAUGAACAACUCGUAUAUUUUCUUCCUUGUCUCUGUUGACUAUCUAUAAUAAAUAUGUGGUCAUUAAGUGUUAUUAUGCCUCAGAUAAUUUAUGGACACCCUGUAUUGUGUUAAUUUAUCUUUUUAAGCACUCGCUAGCCGUUCGGGCGUUGUUAAUAAUAUAAGACUUCCAUACAGUCUCUUUAGUUUUUAAUAAGAUUUAUAAAGUAAUUUAUAUCUACUGAGAUUAUUUAUGGUAUUAUUAUGAGGUAUGGUAGCACUAGUAUAUGCUGGUUAAGCUCUUAUUUCACUCUUAAAGAAGAUAGUUGUACAGUCACCCACAAAAGUCCCAUCGCCUCUCCUCCUGAACCACGUACCCUGAGAUUCAGACACGUGAUCCUGAAGCAGUAGGCUACACUGAUGCAUUAUUCUGUCCAUAAAUGCUUCAGAUUCAUGAGUCUGAAUCUCAGGGUAAGGGGUUCAGGAGGAGAGGCAAUGGGACUUUUGUGGGUGACUGUACUGUACGGAGUACCUGGCCAUAUUAAGAUGACUCGAGUGAAGUAUAUGUAGUAAGUUAGUCACACUUACUUUCUGUUCACCGUCAGGAAUAUUGUUAUUAAUAUCCACUCUGUACCUGUAUUUUUCUAGCUAAAUAAACUGUUUCAAUAUCAAUAGUACAGUAAUAUAACUUGACAUACAGGAUUAUGUUUUGUUUUUUCCUAAAUUAUAACUGUAGACAUCUCUCUUACUUGUUUUGUAUUGGACAAGAAUAAUUUAUUGCUACAGCAUUGUUCCAUUUCAUUUCUUAUAACCCUGGAUUAAAGGAAUUUGAAAUAG